UCCCGGCUAGGAGCUCCGAGCCCGGAGUCGCCUCGGUUCCCGCUGUCCCCGGGGCGCGCGCGCAGGUGUGAGCGUGCGAGGGUUUUGUGGAGGAAUUCGUGCUCCCUAAAACUGCAAGCCGGGGCGCCCCGUCGGCAUGGACACCCGUGCCUUGACCCUUCCUUUAUGCGACCGCAGGUCUGAGCUGUCUGGCCUCAGUUUCCCUCCGACUUUCUCCUCUCCGCGAGCCCAGACUGCUACCCGUCAUUGUUCUCGCUGUCAAGUGGGGGUGCUUCGUGAAGGCUGUCGAGUUGGGGUGUGUUCUCUUUAUCUCGUUUUUCAAACAGAGUAAGGCAUCUACUGCUGACCCUGGACGACCCGCCCCCUCGACCUCCACUUUACGUUGUUGCACUGAUUUUUUUCUUUUUGAGUACUAUUUUAUUGUACAUGGGCCACGCCCUGGUUUCUUAAAGGCGCCUUGCACACUUUGGCGAUGUGUUAUCGCUGCAGCUGGUGUGUGGGAGGCCUCCUGUGAGCCACCUAUUUUCCCGCCUCCUGAUACUUCCUCCCAACCUCGUCAAGGAUUCAGGAAUGCCAGGGGGGAAGAAGGUGGUCGCGGGUGGCAGCAGCGGUGCUGCCUCAACUGCUGCUGCUGCCCCCUCUGGGGUCAGACGUUUGGAGAACAGCGAAGGAGCCUCAGCCCAGAGAGAUGACGAGCCAGAGGAGGAAGGGGAGGAGGACCUGCGAGAUGGAGGCGUCCCCUUCUUUGUCAACCGGGGUGGGCUGCCUGUGGACGAGGCCACCUGGGAAAGGAUGUGGAAGCACGUGGCCAAGAUCCACCCGGAUGGAGAGAAGGUGGCGCAGAGGAUCCGUGGGGCCACGGACCUGCCUAAGAUUCCCAUACCAAGUGUGCCUACAUUCCAGCCGUCUACGCCUGUCCCUGAGCGCCUGGAAGCCGUGCAGCGCUACAUCAGGGAGCUGCAGUACAAUCACACAGGGACACAGUUCUUUGAAAUUAAGAAGAGCAGACCUCUGACAGGGCUGAUGGACCUGGCCAAGGAAAUGACCAAAGAGGCUCUGCCAAUCAAAUGCCUGGAAGCCGUGAUCCUGGGAAUUUACCUCACCAACAGCAUGCCCACCCUGGAGCGCUUCCCCAUCAGCUUCAAGACCUACUUCUCAGGGAACUACUUCCGCCACAUCGUGCUGGGGGUGAACUUGGGCGGCCGCUACGGCGCGCUGGGCAUGAGCCGGCGCGAGGACCUGAUGUACAAGCCGCCCGCCUUCCGCACGCUCAGCGACCUCGUGCUGGACUUCGAGGCCGCCUACGGCCGCUGCUGGCACCAGCUCAAGAAGGUGAAGCUGGGCCAGUGCGUGUCGCACGACCCGCACAGCGUGGAGCAGAUCGAGUGGAAGCACUCCGUCCUGGACGUCGAGAGGCUGGGCCGCGACGACCUCCGCAAGGAGCUGGAGCGGCACGCGCGCGACAUGCGGCUCAAGAUUGGCAAAGGGACAGGCCCUCCCUCUCCCACCAAGGACCGGAAGAAGGAUGUUUCCUCCCCGCAGCGGGGCCAGUCCAGCCCCCACCGCAGGAACAGCCGCAGCGAAAGACGGCCCUCGGGUGAGAAGAAGCCUUCCGAGCCCAAAGCCAUGCCAGACCUCAACGGGUACCAGAUCCGGGUGUGAGGCGGGAGCCAACACCCUAGGCCUCCCCUGCCUCUGGGGGCCCAGACCCACCUGCUGGAACCAGCCUUGCUCAUGGGCAAGGAGGGGCUGGUGAAGGGGCGGGCAAGGGGCUACAGGAAGAGUGUUUUGCAACUCAGCUUCCCAAGCUGCUCCCCGUCCCACUGAGCCAAGCCCCCUAACUUGGGGCCAAGAGGCAGUUAGUAUUUUAUUUGGAGUUUUUAACUCUACAACUGCAGUUUAAAGUAUUUGGAGAAAACUUAAAACAAAUGAUCUGCUGAUGGCUAGAAGGCCAGUGCUUGGGAGGUCUAAGUGCCACGAGGCUGGAUGAGGAGGAUUUGCUGGUUUUGCUGGUGCC